CAUACCCCAUACUGCUUCUCUCUCUCUUCCCUCUCUCUCUCUCCUAUGCUUCUUUUUAUAAGUUUAACUUUGCUUACUCAAAGCCAUAUUUGAAAGUUGAAACCUCAAACUCCAAUUAUAAGCCACCCCCCAGAUCUCACUUCUCAACCAAUAAACUCAAAUUCAACACACACCCUUCUCAACAUAUCAACCAAUAAACACACACCAUGAAAUCCAAGCUAAAACCAGAACCUCCACAACUCUUAUCCUUUUUUCUCAUCCUCUACUUGUUCUUGCUACCAUGUUCAUCCUCCUCCACCAACAAUGCCCCAAACACCAUCACCCACCAAUUCAAAGAAGCCCCUCAAUUCUACAACUCUCCAAACUGCCCCUCCAUCAACAACAACAACAACAUGGACAGAGCUCUCUGUUAUGAGGACUCUGUUCAUGUUGCAAUGACUCUGGACACAACCUACAUAAGAGGAUCCAUGGCAGCAAUCCUCUCAGUCCUGCAACACUCUUCAUGCCCCCAAAACAUCUUCUUCCACUUUGUUUAUUCCUCUAACAAACCCCUCCUUCACUCCACCAUUGCAAAUUCCUUCCCUUACCUCAAAUUCCAAGUCUACAGCUUCGAUGACUCCAUCGUUUCAGGCCUCAUCUCCACCUCCAUUCGCUCCGCACUUGAUUGCCCUCUCAACUACGCAAGAAGCUACCUAGCAAACCUUCUUCCCCUCUGUGUACAGCGCGUGGUGUACUUGGACUCUGAUCUGAUCUUGGUUGAUGACAUAACAAAACUUUCACAAACCCCAUUAGGAAAAAACUCUGUUUUGGCAGCUCCUGAAUACUGCAAUGCUAAUUUCACCUCUUACUUCACUCCAUCUUUCUGGUCCAACCCUUCUCUUUCUCUCACUUUUGCUGACAGAAAACCUUGCUACUUCAACACCGGGGUGAUGGUGAUUGAUCUGGCGCGGUGGCGCGAGGGCGAUUACACAACAAAGAUUGAGGAGUGGAUGGAGCUGCAGAAGAGGAUGAGGAUCUAUGAGCUCGGUUCAUUGCCGCCGUUCUUGCUAGUCUUUGCCGGGAACAUUGUUCCUGUGGAUCACAGGUGGAACCAGCACGGUUUAGGAGGUGACAAUUUCCGUGGUCUUUGUAGAGAACUUCAUCCUGGUCCAGUGAGCUUGUUGCAUUGGAGUGGGAAGGGUAAACCAUGGGUUCGAUUGGAUGCUAAUAGGCCUUGUCCAUUGGAUGCACUUUGGGCACCUUAUGAUCUUUUGAAGACCCCAUUUUCUUUAGAUUCUUGAAGAAACUUUCAAAUCUGUGAAUAUUGGAUCCGGGAUAGAUAGUAUAGGACUAUCAGCAAUGCUAUAUGUUACCAAGGAAAGUUGCAAGAAAUGUUGAUGUGACAAAGUUAACUGGGUUGUCUAUAGCUACCUCUUCUUGCGUUUCUUAUCGUAACAUUUAGUAUUUUUCUAUAUUGUAUAGCUGCUAUAUGCAAAGCUCUCUCUGGUGCUUUCUACUUGGGCAAGGGAAGAAUCAGUGAACAGAACAGAGAAAACAGAACAGUCCAAUAGAUAGAGGAUGGAAGGAUAUUGGUGUUUUUGUUGAUUCAAUCAGAUUUGAAGAACUCAUCAGGGGAAAGAAAUUUGAAUGUAAGUAUAAUACACUCUUUUGAACAAAGGAAAGGUGGGAAUUGUGAAGAUGAGGAUUAAUGGGAUUUAUGAAUCUUCCAAGGGGCUGAUGGGUUGAACUGUUGAUAUUGUAACUAGCAAUAAAUUUGAAUGUAGCAAAAAGAGCUGCAUAAUUUGGAUGAUUAAUUCCAACAAAGUAUUUUUUGUUUGUACUGAUAAGAACAUAAUGGUGUUUUUGUAUAGACAUUUCAGUUUUCUUCUGUUCAGAUCCUCUUGUUGUUGACCUACCAUUUUAUUUUCUCUGUUUUUUCACUUUUCUACUUUGAUCCUCAAAUUAUGUCUUUUUGAGGCUGUAACUUUGUUCUGGUAACUAAAUUCCAAGCAAGAUUAUUCAA